AACCCGCCUUGUUUUUUCUAUCUUCUAUCUAUUUUUCAUCCUUGCAAUCCACUCUCCCCUCUCUGAUACUCUCUCCUCUAGAUCUCCCUUCAUUCUCUACCUCCCGUCUCUCUGUAAACCUCGAAGGUGAAUCGUAAUUGAUCUGUGAGGUCUCCUUCUUUUUCUUUGUUUUCUCAGAUGUAGCACAUUCCAAACUGGGGAUUUAACCAAACCCAAUAGAGCCAUUGACAGAAUCUUUGAAUUCGGUCAACAAGGACUCUCUGUAAUCAUGCAGCUUUCUUCACAAGGGAUCGCUCCAGGUCUUCAAUCUAUCAAUCUACAAUGGCCAUUGUCAAGUUACAUCGAAUCAAGAUCUAGGGUUUCAAAUGCUUCAAGUUCUUCCCAAAUAACUUCCCCUCUCAAGACGAUUUUCCUCAAUUUUCUAUCGAACUUGGUAGCUGUUGAAUCGGUGUGUAUCGCUGUCAAGAACCUGCCUCGAGAUCUGUUGCAUUUAUGAAUGAGGAAGAUUUGGUAAGGCAACUCACUCGAUCUUCUACCUCUCUCGUGUUUUCAACACAUAAAACACAGACAAACCUUGAAGAGAAAUUUCAAGCUUUUGAAUAAGAAUCCUCAAAAACCAUCGUGAUUUCAAAUGAAACCACUCCCCUAGAUUCCAAACGCUUCUUCUCUGUCGAUAGCACAUAAAAUCUAGGUUUUCUUUUGUUUCUAUCGACCAAAGACUUUCAAUGGAGAAGACAAAACCUGGAAAGAAAGAUUCAGAUGCCUAGAAAUUCAAGGGCAUAAACAAAGUUUUUAGAUAUAUAUCAUCUCUCUCUCUCUUGCUUCAUCUACUCUGUUUUUAUUGUGUUCUUCUGAUAUGAUAAUCAACAAUCUUGUUGCUCUAUAAGAGAGUCGAUUCAAGUGACCAAAGGGAUGGUGACCAAUUAUAUUGGGAUAUUCAAAACCUUUUGUUUGGUAACACUUCACCUGACUACUUACCCUUUGAGUUUAGGGCUCUAAAAGUUUCUUUUGAGGCUUUUUGUACAUUUCUGCUGGUGGUGAUGGAGUUGGUAACAGCAAUGGAGCUUCACGAGCACUUGUAAAGGAUAGGUUGAAGAUCUUCAAUGGUCAUUUUGAAGAGCUUCAUCAAAGACAAUCUCAGCGGAAAAUUUUUUAUUGAUUACAGACGGUGCUAUCCAACUGAAAAAAUAAACGAAACCCUAGUUCCUCUUAAACUCAAUUUCGCGUCCUAGAAGUUAUCACGAUGUUAUUGGCAGCUGAAACCAGUUCUGUGAAUUGAAAAGCUAGUGUGAAAAUGGAGGAAGAAGCCAUGGAAGGGGAUGACAGGGAUGUAAUGUUGGCAUGCAUAAUAUCGGGAACCCUUUUCUCUUUCUUGGGGUUGGCUUCUUUUGUGAUACUUUGGGCUGUUAAUUGGCAGCCAUGGCGGAUAUACAGAACAUGGUCACUCUAUACUGUGACAUUAUUUGUGCGUGAUGCUGACAAUUUUCGAACCAAGGCAUGCGAAAGAGGGUUUCAACUUGAUGGCUUCUCCCAACAAGGGUUCAUGGAUGAAGCUUAUAAGCUAUACUAUGUUCUUGCUUCAUUCGAAUCUUCUUCAAACUUGUCUCGUUAUGAUGGUAUUAGAUAUGGUAACCAAAUUGUUUCUGAUGAGCUAAGUUCCCUUUACGGGGGUUCACGUGCUAAUGGCUUAGGUCCAGAGGUAAAAAGGAGGAUUUUGAUGGGGACAUAUGCCCUUUCAGCAGGUUAUUAUGAUGCCUAUUACAAGCGAGCUCAGCAGGUGAGAACUGUAGUCCAGAAAAGCUUCAAGGCAGCAUUAGAUGAACAUGAUAUUCUAAUUUCACCUGCAGCUCCAUCUGCAGCAUAUAAAAUUGGUGAAAAGAAAAAUGAUCCAUUGGCAAUGUGAAUUUCAACUUGGCUGGAUUGCAUGUAUUGGUUUUGCCAUGUGGAUUUGUCCAAAAUGGCCUUCCUGUUGGUGUUCAAAUGAUAGGGGCUGCUUUUGAUGAGAUUUUUGCAGGAAAAAUUGCUGAGAGUGGGCCAUAUCAUUGAACAAACGCUUCAAGUUUUACCAAAUUGGUCAUUGCAAAUAUGGAGAAUCUUGCAGAUUCAAUCACUCCAAAUCUGAGCCUGGAAACUCUCUCCAGCGACUUAACAUUCUCGGUUUUCCAGAAAGAUUGGUGAUUACAAAUUUAUCCUUGUAUAGCUUUUCAUACAAAGAGAUAAUCAAAAAAGAAAAUAUGAUUCUCAUGGAAGAUAUGAGUAGAGAUCUGCAAGUUCAGCAUGGCAAAUUUUAGUAUUUUAUUUCACCUUCAAUAUUUUAUAUUUUAGAAUUCAGUUAGUAAGUGUCAUGAUUUGGGAUAUUUUAAUAAUUUCAGUUGGCAUUUUGAUGAGGCGGUAACUACACAUUGUGAACUUUUCAUAGCUAGAUGUACAAACACAACUGAAUAUUUUGCAAGCCGGAAAGUGAUCGGAGAAAGUUGGUUGCACUUAAGUUCAUUGAAGCAGUAACUCUUUUAUAUACAGCUGAUCCAAGUGUCUCUUCUGAACCACCUGAAGAUAAAACUUCUGGAGUAGAGAUGCCAUAUGAAUUUAACACAACAUGGCUUCAUAGAGGGGGUCCCAUACUUAAUGUUAGUGAUUUAUCAAUUGAAUCAAGUAGGAACUUAGGUUUGUUGCUUGAUCAACUAAGGUAUCAAGCUGUGAAGUUACUAAGCAAUAUGGUGGUUAUUAUGCUAAUCAAGAGGUAUCUGGUCUUUGCCAUUCAAAUAUAUAUGCUAUAGUGCUUUCUAUAUUAGUAAUUUCUCAUUAUGAUGUGUUGUUGUCACAACUAGAAAUUUUGUGUCAUGUAAUCUAUACACUCAAGUAAAAUGUUGAAUCAAAAACUUAAAAGCAUGUGUGAUACUUA